AUGGUCUGGGCAUUAUCAUCAAGCACUACAACACAAUCAUUCUGCUAAGUGGCUGAUAGAUCCAUUCGGGCAGGUUAUCACUAUUCCAGACUUUGAUAAAAUGGUAAGAAUUUUGAUGGGUACUUUUUUGAACUGUUGCAUGCGUUUUUUUCUUCCAUAAUGGAAAGUAAGUAGAGAAUUGAGACUGAGGACUCGCUUUACUUGUAUGUAAAAAAAGUGGACCUUUCUGGACUCCUGAACUGAUAUGUAUAUACAUCACCUCACCCGUAUUUAGUUUUUGUUUUAGUGAACCGAUAGCAAUUGUGUCGAAUUACUUAUGCAAUUUACAAAUGCCCUUUUUUAUUUUAACAACCUUAUCGCCAGGAUCAUUUUUAGUGAUCUAUUCAUAUAUGUGUUAUAUCUUUUAAUUAUUUAUUUUUUCUUCUGCCAACGGAAAAUGUACUUUUGGAUUUGGAAAGUCACGGACCCAUACUUUCCAUAAAACGUUGAACUUUUUGUUUCCUGACAGCAAACGUGUUCAUCCUCAUCUGGUGUGACACGAAGACCACAUCGAGAAUGUUUAAUCUUGAAAGUUGCCCUUCUGGCUAAUGAGUGGGGAUCUUCUAAGGGUGGUCUGUCAACACUCAACAGAGCACUUGCAAUAAAUUUGGCAAAACUCUCAAACGUAGAAGUCACAAUUCUUGUGCCUGAAUUUGAGUGUAGUGGAGAUGACAAGAGAACUGCCAGGAGUCACAACAUUGCUAUAAGGGAAGCAGAGCGCCUCCCUGGCUUCAGUGAUCCUCUUGACUGGUUGUGCUUUCCACCCGAUGACCUUGACAUUCAGGUUGUGAUUGGCCAUGGUGCAAAGCUUGGUAGACAAGCCCAAAUCAUCAGAAAGUCUCAUUGCUGUAAGUGGGUGCAGGUAGUGCACACUGAACCUGAAGAGCUGGCAAUGCAUAAGAACUAUCCUGGCGCCGUCGCCAAAGGUGAAGAAAAGAACAGAGCUGAAGUUGAGUUGUGCCAAAUUGCAGAUCUCGUUCUGGCAGUUGGGCCCAAGUUGACAGAAGCAUUCUCGUCCAAACUGCGUUCAUCUCAUCGAAAAAUCUUUCAGUUAAUACCAGGUUCCUUUGAAGAGUUUUUUGAUAUUAAACGUACUACGCAAGAGAGUGCGAAUUUCAAAGUGUUAGCAUUUGGUCGCGGUGAUUUUAAAGACUUCAGUCUCAAAGGAUAUGACAUUGCCUCUAAAGCCAUUGUUGAAUUGAAGGACAGUUCAUACCGUCUGAUCUUUGUUGGUGCUCCUAAUGGAAAACAGGAUGAAGUCGCAGAUAAUUUACUCCAGUCGGGCAUCUCAAGAAGCCAACUAAUUGUGAGAUCAUUUGUGAAAAACAGGCAAAGAUUAAAAGAGUUGUUUUGUGAAGUUGAUUUAGCCAUCAUGCCUUCAAGAACUGAGGGGUUUGGCCUUACAGCACUAGAAGCCAUGUCAGCUGGUCUUCCCAUUCUGGUAAGUGGAAACUCUGGGUUUGGAGAAACAUUGCGUAAUCUUCCAAUGGGAGAUUCAUUGGUGAUUAAUUCAGAUGACCCCAAGGAAUGGGCAAGGAAAAUUGCUGCUAUCCGUAAAAUACCCAAGAUACAAUUGCUUGAGGACAUCCAAAGACUACGGAGACGUUACGAAGAGAGAUUCAGUUGGGAGAGACAGUGUAAGACCCUUGUUGACAAGAUGUGGAAGAUAGUUUACGGUAAGGAGGUAAAGUAACGACAAUGAUAGUGAUAUUGUAAUGUGCGUUCAAAUUUGAAUUCGAAUGUGUAUCUCAGCGUGAUUGUCCUUUGUUUUGCCUUCAUUUUACAUGAUGCAUGUUUAAGGUUGUGGAAAUGCGGCUGUGUUACCAACGCCGAUCAUUUACAUUGAAAUAUGAGCAUACCUAUUCUCCUCGCACACUCUUCUCCUUACAUUUCUUGUGGUAAAGGGUCUGGAAGGGGGUCCUGAUCCCGCAUUCCCGCUUCUUUUUCACAACGAUCCCGCAUCCCGAACUACUGUCAUUGAUCCCUAUACAUUUCUAUCCCGAAUACCGUUCGUUUUCUUUGCCAAUACCGCAUCCUGCGCCAAGAUUUUAGCGAAUCCCGCUUCCCGAGUAGCGGUCAAAUCCGUAUCCCGUCAAGAAAUUUUGCUUUUUUCCCGAAUCUCGCGCUAUAUUUCUGUCAAACCCCAUGGAUUUAUAUAUACACAUUCUCAUUAAAAAGUGGAUGUGUCCAGACUUCUCCUCGCAAGACCUCCGACAAUUGGACUCUCGUGAGCGACCACUAACUUUCCUCACUUUGUGUGGUCGCGUAGGGGACGUUGGACUGUAUUAAGGAGAAAGAAUGGUGCGCUACUGAGGUUGUAAUCCUUGACCUUUCUUUUUACUUCAUCGCCUAUUUAAACAUUACAGGUAUUGGAAAACCACAGGAACAUGCAUUUCCAAUGAACAGCUUUGAAGAAGGUGUCUCAACAGGACAGUUGCCAGGUGAUGUCAUUGUCUGCUAUUUUUGGAGGAAAGUAUGCUUAUCAGUUUGUUCAGUUUAAGCCACGGUAAUUUAACCGGAAUACGUCUUUGCACGAAAUUGUCUGGUGUUUUUAGCUUUGUAUUAGUGUACCAUCCUCUAUUAAACUAACGUGAAAAGUGACCUCUUUUUAAUCGGUUUCCCUCUAUCAUUUACAGAUGAACACGUUUUCCAUGCACUUCAGCAAAUCCAACUGGAAGCACGGACGAAGACCAGUAAAACGGAGCUCUCGCUGAAUUUAAAGAGAAUUUUUUUGGAUAAAGGUUUCGUGAUUUCCGAUAAUCAAGGAGAAGGAAAUUGUAUGUUUUUGGCGCUUUCAGAGCAGCUUGAACUCAUCAAAGGAAUCAAAAUCUCCCAUAAAGAGUUACGCUUAGCCGUUGUUCAAUACCUUAAGGAAAACUCUAAGCUGGUUAGUGUGUUAUCAUUCUUUAUCAGUGUCUGAGUUAUUUGUCCUACACUAGCAACGUAAGGAUUGAAUAAUGGUGGCACAGACAGCAUUCCGUUCAGUUCUAGUGUAAAUUUAGUAACGGACGUGGAGGCAUUUAAGGGAACAUUAUCUUUUUUUCCUUUUCGGUCGUCAAGCUACCGUUGUUUAUAUCUUAUAAACAGGCGUGGGCCUUAACAAUGGUGGCAAAAUUUGUAUUUUGUUCCAUCAUUCUGUUUCACACUACAGGGUGACCCAAAAGUUCGUUCCUCUAAUUUCAUGCACUAUAACUUUUGAUGAAAACUUUAUUUUUACUUGAAAUUGCUAGAAGUUGUUUAUUUCACUAUCGAAAACAUGUAUUCAGAAUUUCAGUUAUUGGCGUACCCUUUUUUUUUUUUUAUAACAUUCUGUAGCCGUUGCGGCAUGAAGUGGAAUACAGCGUGUAGACCCACAGGUGAUCCACAUUGAGCUUUUUUAUCACCUUGUGCGCAGGAGCCAGUUCAGCCCCCAAACAAUAUUUGUUUAAUUUAGGCAGCUGAAAAAAAUAUUGAGCACUCAUCCGGAAAAGAUAAUCAUCCCUUCCACAGUAAGGCUUUUGUACUUCUUUACAAAUUUGAGACGAGCUGGGCGUUACUUGGCAGACUAAGCAGAGCCUUUUUUGGCCGUCUCAGGGGUCUCUAAUUUUUUAAACAUUAUAAACAGCUUUUCAUGACCCUUUCUGAACUUGGCUUGCUAACUAUGUGAGAGUUUCCUUGUGGAGACUGCUCCUUUUUGUAUCUAGUCUUCUUAAAGCUAUUUUACCUGCUUUAUUCAGGACUUUUGGUCUUCCCCCUCGUUUCCUGCCUUCAAAACCUUCAUUUCGCCAUGAUCAUUUACCACCCAACAUUCGGAUUUUUCCAGUUUUUUAGCUGUUUCUGUAACACAUAAGCCAGUAAAUCGAAGUAUAAAUGCUUAUGCUCUCGCGUAGCUGGACGUUUGUGCGUUAAGGAUGUUUAUCUUUCUUGAUAUUCACAAAAAACAAGGAAGGAGUUUGAGCAAUUCGGGCUAUAAAAUACAAACAAAAAAAGGCUGGAAAAUAUACUCGCGCACGCGCACCUUUGGCGCGGCAGUACACAAAUCGAAUAUUCGAGUCAAAAGAUAGCACAACAAGUACGAAAAAUAAUAAUGAAUUAGAUUGAAGGUCACAACUUUUGUUUAAAUGAUUUUCUUACCAAGUCCAAUCGUACUGAAAUACUAAGUACAGACGUCUCCUCGCAGAGUGGAGGAACGAACUUUUGGGACACCCUGUAGAGCGUAACGUUUUUCUUCUUCUCUUUCCAUUUCAUUGCUUACUUAAAUGUAGACGAAGCUUACUUUGUCACACUUUUUCUUGAACACAUCGAAGAGGAGUACAUUUUUCGUCAAAAAUGGUAUAUAAAAGGGUAAGGUACUGGACAUCGGGGUGGAGCCUUAUCAAACUUUGAAGAAUAGCCCUUCGGGGUAGAAGCGUUUUACUCACUUGACCAUCAGCUAUGCAAGUGUGUUGAAACAAAAGUACGUUUUUCAUAGCAUUGCUUUGGGAUAUUAACGUGACAGACGUUUUAUUGUUUUUGGGCAUCAAUAAGGCGGGUGUAAAGAGGAGAAUUUUUCUAAGUGAGACGGGUACUUAGUGUUGGUGCUGUUGUCUGCUUUAAAUGCUCUUGACAACGACGCAUUUUCCUGAAAAGUAGCGUGUACUAACGCAUUUCCCCCCAUUUUUCUCUUACAGCCGGAUGGAACAGAGCUGUUCCACUUUGUCCAUGGAUGCUCAUCUUGGGAAGCGUACCUCGCAAGUAUGAUGACUGAUGGUACAUGGGGUGAUCACGUGAUUCUGCAUGGUGCAGCAAACUGUUUUGAGACGUGCAUCCACGUGAUCAACAGUCUGCCGCAUCACAAUGACAUAUGGAUCUGCCCAGAGUAUGAUGUUACUGGUAGCAACCGACUCGUGCUGGGUCACGUGCACGAGCUUCACUAUGUUAGUCUAAUCCCAGAUAUAGGAUGGAAAGAUGUCUGA